AUGACGCUUACAUGCGACAGGUAUAUAUACUAUUCUGCACGCAACAAUCAACUGUUGGUUGAUUAUUCACACCUUUUUGGUUGUAUUGGCGCAGUGACCCAUAAGGACCUGCAAGCGGACCAGAUCAAAGAUCUGGGACCCGGUAUCCGGGGGACAUCCCAUCUCGCUCAUAAAAUCGACUAUGAAAGCUGGUUCCUCGUUGAUUCAACUGAUGCAUGCCUUUUAGCUGUCGCUUACGCCCGUUACAGCAGCAGUAUAGACAGAGCAUGGCUGGCUUUAGCCUAUCCGCGUAAGGUAGCUUUUAACUGCCGCAAGCGAAUGUGUUGGUUUCGCGAUUACUUGAAUAGGCCGUGUGGUCCUUUGUUGACGAGUGGCUGGACUGAAGCAGGAGAGGCAGGAGAAGCAGGAGAAGCAGGGGCAGAAGGAACAGCAACAGAAGAAAGAGAAGAGGAGGAGGAACAGCAACAGAAGAAGGAGGAGAGGAAGAGGAAGAGGAAGAGGAAGCAGCAGCAAGGGAGUGGCAAGGUGACAGUAGCGGCAGCAAAGGAUUUCGACAACCUCAUAGCUCAGGGCUCCCUACAGCUCUCACUACUAGACGUAGAGGAGCCUGGAGAAGUGCAGGUUUGA